AUGGCUACUAUCACUGCUGUUAAAGCUAGGCAGAUCUUCGACAGCCGUGGGAACCCCACCGUCGAGGUCGAUAUCCACACAUCCACCGGCGUUAAGGUCACUGCCGCCGUUCCUAGUGGAGCUUCCACUGGAGUGUACGAGGCCCUCGAGCUAAGGGAUGGAGGAUCUGACUACCUUGGAAAAGGUGUCUCAAAGGCUGUUGGAAAUGUUAACUCAAUUAUUGGCCCAGCAUUGAUUGGAAAGGACCCAACUCAGCAGACUGCUAUUGACAACUUCAUGGUUCACGAACUUGAUGGGACCCAAAAUGAAUGGGGCUGGUGCAAGCAAAAGCUUGGAGCCAAUGCUAUUCUUGCCGUGUCUCUUGCUGUCUGCAAAGCUGGCGCUGUUGUUAAUGGAAUUCCUCUCUACAAGCACAUUGCGAAUCUUGCUGGUAACCCUAAGCUGGUGCUGCCUGUUCCUGCUUUUAACGUCAUCAACGGUGGAUCCCAUGCAGGAAACAAGCUUGCAAUGCAGGAGUUCAUGAUUCUCCCUGUUGGAGCUUCAUCUUUCAAGGAAGCCAUGAAAAUGGGUGUGGAAGUUUACCACAACUUGAAGUCUGUGAUCAAGAAGAAGUACGGUCAGGAUGCAACAAAUGUUGGAGAUGAAGGUGGCUUUGCACCAAACAUUCAGGAGAACAAGGAAGGUCUUGAACUUCUCAAGACUGCCAUCGAGAAAGCCGGAUACACUGGCAAGGUUGUCAUUGGAAUGGAUGUCGCUGCUUCCGAAUUCUACUCAUCAGACAAGACCUACGACUUGAACUUCAAAGAAGAGAACAAUGACGGUUCCCAGAAGAUUUCUGGAGAUGCUCUUAAGGACCUGUACAAGUCAUUCGUUGCAGAGUACCCAAUUGUGUCCAUUGAGGACCCAUUUGACCAAGAUGACUGGACUCAUUACGCUAAGAUGACCACUGAGUGUGGAGACAAGGUUCAGAUUGUCGGUGAUGAUCUGUUGGUCACCAACCCCAAGAGAGUUGCAAAGGCAAUCAGUGAAAAGUCUUGCAAUGCUCUUCUUUUGAAGGUUAACCAAAUUGGAUCUGUCACCGAGAGUAUUGAGGCGGUUAAGAUGUCAAAGAAAGCCGGUUGGGGAGUGAUGGCUAGCCACCGCAGUGGAGAAACCGAGGACACGUUCAUUGCUGACUUAUCCGUCGGUUUGUCAACCGGGCAAAUCAAGACUGGAGCUCCUUGCAGAUCAGAGCGUCUUGCCAAAUACAACCAGCUAUUGCGAAUUGAGGAGGAGCUUGGAGCAGAGGCAGUGUAUGCAGGAGCCAACUUCCGGACGCCAGUCGAGCCGUACUAG